ACUGUUGUUAAAACUGCCUUUAAACAAUUUACAACUUGGUGGGAUGUUACUAAUGAGAAAGUAGUUCAAUUUUCACUAUGGGUGAGGUGACUGGAGAGUCUCUGGGUUGUGCAUAUUACUACUUGAUUUCAUUUUCAUCCAGGAGAGGAGGGCAAGACCCAAAUUUCCGAUUUCUAUUAUAACAGUAAGCUGUAAACAGCUCUGGUUUUAAGUUAAUGAGCUUUAAUUUGACACGUGUGUAACAAGAAAUAUCAGCAUGCAGUUUUCUCUCUGCCUUUGAGGUAGCUUGUACUACAUUAGUGAUCUACUUCAUGGUGCAUUGUGCACAGCCAUAAUCACGUGUAAUUACCUUUUCUUAUCAGUGAUGAGCAAAUCUUCUGAAAGUGCAAAUUAUAUUCUUCCCUAAAUAUUAACAGAAAGUGUGUAAUAUCUCAGUCAUCAGUGGAGCUCAAGGAUAGAAUGCAAGAACAGUAAGCAAAUGCCUACUUACAUUUUGUACGCUACUGCUCUCAUUUUUAAAGUAUUAAUCUAAAAACUUAAUUAAGGUGUCUUCUUCUCUCUAAUCUAUGAGUUAACAACACAGUUACGCACAGAUUUUUUUUCCCCUGUUCAUUCCACUAUAGAUUGAUUGUAUUUUUUUUCCUCCAGAACAAAAUUAAUUGGCGAAUAAGGAAUUUCUGUUUGGCAUGUGAUGUAUUUCUUCCCAAACAGAAAUUAAAUUCAUUCCCUUGAAUGGAAAAUGGUUUUCAGACUUACCUGAAGCAGUGAAACAGAAGAUUCCUUACUUCUCUAAUGUUACUUUUUGGAGCUUUUUCUUUUUUUGACUCUUCCUUGUGGCUGCAAAUGGGCUCUACGCUGCCAGCUCUGAUCUUUCUGCCCCUUGAAGAGCAUUUCAGCUGACAUUAGCAGAACUGCCAUUUCCUCAGCUAAGCAGAUUUGUAGUAUCAUGUAGUACAUGUGUGGAAUCCUUUGCUUUCCAUUAGAUCCAUGGGAUCUCCCUAGGGAUGUGUCUUGGAGGUCAGUCCAUAGAGAUGCCGCCGGAUUUUCUCUGAAAACUUAGAUCUUUUUCUCCAUAUUUUUGGAUAGAAAAUAUAAAUGUGCGUAUCUGUUACGCAAAGGUAUCCUGUUCCUAGCUCUAAAUACUUGCUUGUGAUGGAGCAGAAACAGGUACUGGAACUCAACUAUUUGGGUACAACCCAUAGUGCCAUCUCAGUGGAAGAUAGCUGCUGCCCAGACUCACAGCAUGGCUUCAGAAUGUUUCAUUUGAUGCAUCAAAUAACUCAUGUGAUACUAAACUAAGAACCUCGCCUUAGUCUGGGGUGGAAACACAUCAGUAUUCAUUUUUCUUGUUGCAGAAGCAAAAUAUUUUAACUCUUUGGUUAUCUCUAAUAUUGUUAGUUUACUGAAACAGGACCUGGAUUUCAGUUGCCCUUGUAGUUUAUCAUUGUGGAAUAAUGGAUUAUAUGCUGCAGUGAAGGACUGUAAAAAGUGCAUAAGCACAGUAUUAUCUGUAGGAAAAAGUGCUUGAAAUCUAUCAAGUUAGAGCAGAAUCAGCUCUCUCUGAUAUUUGGGAGGAAUUCCCCCACCCGCCCAUCAAUUUUAUCCUAUAGAUGAAAGAGGAAUGAAUAUAGAUCAUGAACAAUGAAAUAAGUUGCAGUUCAGAAUGAAAGAUUUUUGUAGUGAACAUAUUCCACCUCACACUUCUAAACACUUUUUAACAUCUCCUUCUACAACUUUCCCAGUGGCAGCUGGGAUGCAGGCAUUGCCACACUGAGGUGACAUCUCUGGAUGUGUUCCUGGGGGACACGGGUUAGUGGGAAUGGUGGGGAUAGGUGAUCUUAUUGUUCUUUUCCAACCUUAAUGACAGUAUGAUUCUAUGUCAAAAUGUGCCUCCAGAAGCACAGUUUCCCAGAGCAAUACUUGCAGGGACUACAAAGCAGCCUGCAGCAUGAAGGGCAUGGCACCAGGCACAAAGGGAAGAAUGAAUGAUGUCCUGAGGUGAUGAUGUGUUUAACUUCCCACAGCCAUUUCUGACUAACACCUUUUCUCAGUGCUGCCUUUACUCUGGCAGCACUGCUGUGCAGUGCCCUCCUCUCGCCUAUUUUGCAGAGGGCAUGUACAAUCAAAGGGCACCUGUCAAGAGAAAAGGCUUUUUUUUUUGUCUUUGCUUAUCUCCCAACAUCGCCUGUGCCUCAUAAGCUUGCAGGCUGUGGUUAGCUGUUUGUUUCUCCCCCUUGCUUUCCCAUACCGUGAUGCUAUGCUAGAAACGUGGGGUGGAUGCACUGUGGAGCGGCACUGAGACUUACAUACUUGCGUCUUCCUCCAGUUUGGUGUCAUGUGCUCACUUCUUGACACAGACACCUCUUUUAGGCCACUGUUUUUAUCAUUGCUGCCAUCACUAUUGGUGCUCAAGUGACCACGUAAUCCAAGGCCUCCACAAGCUUGCUGUUCACAGUAAUAAUGAUAGCAAUGACUGCUCUGCAUGUCAGCCUGUGCCAAGAGCUAAGCCUGCCCAAAUGACCUUAUUUUCAGGAAGGGUGAAUUUAGUGGAAAUGCUAAGUCAGGGCUUGAAGCAGUGAUUGAGCACCUGGUGGCUGCUCAACGCAGGGGAUCUCAGGUGCAAGCAAUGUACUUGAGUGACCAGAAGGCAGAGACAGGAUCCACCCCUUCCCAGACCUCAUGUAAGGGCUGGAAGUGGAGGUAAGGGCAUCUCAUCUGGAGAUCUCUGUCUGUUUGAGGACUUCGCAGGUUUUCUAAAGGUACCAGUACAAUAAAUAUUUACAAGGCAGUGAAUGAGACAGCUCUACUCAGUUUCACUGCUGAAAACAUGCAUGAGACAUUGUGGACCAGAGGCAACGAGAGGCUUCUUCAGAUGAAAGACAAAAAAAUUAAAUAUUAUGUGGAGAAGAUGCAGUGUAGGUGCAAAGUGCUUCUCAAUGGGACUCUCCGAAUAGAGCGGCUGGUGAAAGAAGACAGUGGGAUAUACAAGGUGUCUGCUUAUGACAAGAAUGGAAAGCUGAAGGCAAAUGAAACAACAGUGCUCAUUGUUUUGGAGCCUGUCCCUCAGCCAAUCCUCAAUGCCGAAUGCAUUAAUAAAACACUAUAUGUGAAAUGUACAGUGAAGAAGACUGAGGACCAAAUGUUUACAAUAGAAUUGACUCAAGAUAAAAUCAACAAAUCCCAAACGAAUGUAACAGAGGUGGAAUUUACUACUCGACACAGUGGGAGAUACAGAUGUAUUGUUAAGAACCAAGUCAGCAAAAAAACAACUGAGAAGGAAAUCAAGUGUCCAGUAGGCCAGCUGGACCUCUAUCUCAUCUCAAGCAUAGCGGGAGGCGCAGUAUUCUUCGUUGUCUUUGUGAUUUUGCUUAUUUAUUGCAUCAGGAAGAAAAAAGCAGAUAGGCUUGAAGAUGAUGAUGAGGAAAGGAUGCAGAUCCAUCAGGUGGACAGAGAGAUGGCAAUGCGGAAGCUCCCUCAGCCACCAUCCAACCCUACCCCCCAGCAGACCUGUGUGCAGCAGAUGCCUCCUCCACAGCCACAUGCACAGCAGCGAGCAGUGCCUCCACAGCCCAAGCCACGUACCCAGCUGCAGGCCCAGAGCCAGCUGAGAGACAGGCACUGAGUGCCUGUCCUGGAGAAUGGAGGACUUUUUCUUAUGCAAGAAGAAAGUUACAACAGUCAGGAACUCCUUCCACCCAGGCUUGUGUAGCACUCGGCUAUGGAGCUGCAGAAGAUUAGGGAGAGCAUCAAGUAACUGGACUUGAAGAGAGACGGUGGAGGAGGCUGAAGACUAUGAGAUCUGGGGCCUUUUUUCUUCAAGUGACUCUAUACUAAUGUAUAGACUACUGACACCUGUCUUUCUGUGGUUCACUUGUUUUUACCACACCUUGUUGUUGUCUUGCUUUCUGGAUGGGUUAUAUCAAAAAGAGAGAGUCUUACUGAGACAACAUGGGCAUGUGGAUCUUACCUGGUUUUAUCACAUAGCUUUUUAUUCUCUUGUUGUGCAUUAGAACAGCCCUCUGGUUUCAACAUCAGAUGCAUGAUCUCCUAAACAGAACAAUAAUCUGUAUACAAUUAAUAACUGAUCUGAUGUUGGAAGAAUUGGUGCUGUCCAAGACAGGACAACAAACAAAAAGGAGAUGUGAUGGACUCAAAGCAUGCGCAUAUGAAAAAUUGUAAGGGGGAAGGGUAUAUCCUUCAUUUUUUUUCUACCACUUCAGUUCCUGUGCUUCUUUGCUGGCAAGUAAAAGGAAACAAUUUUCCCUAUAGAUCUGUUUGGCUAGUCAGGUAGCUUUUUUUUUUUUGUUGUGUGUGUGUGUGUCACAAAACAGGUCUGGUAUACAUUGAUUCUUAGAAGUAAUAUUUCAGACUGCCAAGCAGCCUUCUUAACAGUGCUGUUGUCUGAAUUGACAUAGCUUCCAUCACCUGGCCACCUGUCUGAGUGAUCAAGCUCCCUGAUUUUGCUGGUAAGCACCUCAUGAUUGCUGGUUUACAGGAAACUGCUGAGAGGAGGCCUCCCUCUAUCAAAGGUAGAGGUGCAUGCCUGGACUGCACUAACUAUUCCUGCAUCACUCUCUGUGUUCUGGACAAACAGUGCUUGCUCCUCUGGCCCUUGAGAAUGUUCACAACUGCUUCUGUCAGAUAGCUGAGGAGCUAAGAGAGGACAUGCUUUCUUCAAGCAAUGUCUGAAUGGAUAAACUGGUCCAUCUGGUGUAAAGGUCAGCAAAGGUGGAGAAGGGGAGAGCUGCCAGAGCACAAGAUGUCCAGACAGCGUUUUGUUGCAGUAGGCAGAAGGUUGUGCAGUAUGCAUCUUCGAGCUGCUUGUGCCAUGGCAGUUAAAUAGACUUCUUUUUGUUUCUCCUCAGAAAUGUGACUUUUUAUCUUCUGGAAUGAGGGUGGAGAAAUAACUUGUCAGGGAGAGGAGAGGAUCUCUGCCUCUUCCAGAGCUUGCUCACUCUGCUUGAGCUCCAGAGGGGACACAAUGUUGGGAGGGUCACUUGUUCUUGGCUUAGCUUUCUGCAGCUUGUUUUCAGGGUUUUUACUACUUGAAAUUGUAUUUGGUAAAUAUUUCAUGGUUUACUUGGUAAUACAAGCAUGUACCUGCAGUGAAUGAAUAAAGAUAAGAGUGGAUGGCAAGGGCCUCAGCUCA